AUGAGUGACUCUUUUGAAGCAUGUUUCACAAUAUACUACAAUGGAAAAUUUGAAAUUAAUGAUGGUCUCACUUCAUAUAAAGGAGGGGAUACAUAUGUUCUUGUUUGCUAUCCCGAGAUGAUGUUCACAAAGCUGUCGGACGCACUUGGAAUCAGCUUAUACGGACAAAGGAUUUGGUACAAACUUCCUUAUGAAGACAUCACAGAGCUGAAAAUGAUGUGUAACGGCGAUGCAAUGUACCAAAAUCUGCUUAGCUCAUUAAUUUUGACAAAGGCUGCUCAGAUUUUCUUGGAAAAAGAUGAUGAUCUUAUAGCUUCUGGUGAUGGGGAUGGACAUUCUGGUCAUGGAGAUGGAAGUGCUGCUGAUGGCGAUAGAGUGAGAGGUGAUACAUCACAUAACAGUGAUUCUGAAAUGCUUGAUGAAGAUGCACAAGUGGAGCUUAAUGUAGCCGGCUUUGUUGAUGAAGAUGAGCAUCACAAUGAUGAGGUAACUCCUCAGAACUCUGAUUGUGAGGAUGGUGGUCGCCGAUAUCAAAGGUGUAAGAAAGGGAGUGGUGAACUAAAGUUAGGGCAAGCAUUUGAUAGUAUACCUGAGUUCAAGGAAGCUGUGGUUGACUAUGCCCUAAAGAGUGGAUUCAAUGUGAAAUUUAGUAUAUGGGGAUGUGAAAAAUCAGAGGUGAGGUGUGGAGUUGUUGCUGGAGGUGAGGGCGAUAAUGAUGGGGCUGAUGGUAAUGCUGAUCAUGUUGUUCCUAGUGGAGAUGGAAGUAAUAAAAACGAGGACAAAGGGUGCCAGUUCAGAAUCUACUGCUCCUAUGAAAAAUCAGCAGGAAUGUUUUUGAUUAAGACAUUUCAGGAGGAGCAUUCAUGUAUACCAGAUGGAUAUAGCCAGGUCGUUAGGGAUAGGAUUAUUGCCAAGUUGUUCUUGAACGAGAUUAGAAGAGAUCCUACUCUCAAGCCUAAGGUCAUGCAAGAAAGACUUGAAGAGAAGUACAAGCAAUAUGCGAGGCUUAAGGACUACAAAGUAGAGGUUUUAAAAUGUAAUCCAGAUUCUACUAUGGAGAUUGGAACAACUACAGAUGAAAGAGGUUUAGAGGUUUUUGACAGGAUAUAUGUCUGCUUAGCUGCCUUAAAGAGAACAUGGAUUGCAUAUUGUCGUCCAAUAUUUGGCAUAGAUGGCUGUUUUUUGAAGACUAGUGUCCAAGGUCAAUUCUUAGCAGCUGUUGGUAGAGACUCAAACAACCAAUUGUUUCCUGUUGCUUGGGCGGUAGUGCAAGUGGAGAACACUGACAGUUGGCUUUGGUUUAUUCAGAAGCUCAAACAUGAUUUAAAAUUGUUAGAUGGGACAGGGUUCACAUUAAUAUCGGAUAGGCAAAAGGGUCUGAUAAAUGCUGUUGAACAUGAACUGCCUCGAGUAGAACACCGUAUGUGUGCAAGGCACAUCUACGGAAACUUAAGGAGAGCUUAUCCAGGAAAGGAACUGCCUAAAGACUUGUUCUGGGCAGUAGCGAAGAGUUUUAAUAUUGGAGAUUAUGAGUGUUGA